AUGUCCGUGGCAGAGACUCAAGAGAACUCGAGUGAAAUGUCCCAACCAAGCACCAGCGAGGAGUUUGAAGAUGGUCUCAGGCUCGAGUCUGUACAAAAAGGAUCACCAAAGACUGUGCGAAGUAAGGGAAAGAAAGCAAUUAAUAUGGCUACUCUGCGGCGCCAACCAAGAGCCCGAACAGCAGCAACUCGGCAGGAUCGUGGCUCCUGCUCUUCCACUGCAUCUUGCCCUGUCUUCUCUGGACCAUACAGUGACCAAGAAGAAGCCCCACCGCUACGCCGCCAAUCCUCUCCUUUACUACUCAAAGGUUCUCUUUCCAGUCUACACAGCUGUACCAGUCCAAACCCCAAAGGUUCCCUUUCUAACCUCCAGGGGUCUGUUCCUUGCCUCCAAGGAUCAUUGCCACGUCUACAAGGAUCUCUGCCCAGCUUCUGGGGCUCUUUAUCCAGCCUGAGGGGAUCAAUCUCUCGGUUGAAGAGGAGGUCACUUGGAAGCCUGGACAACUCAAGCCCCAGCCCUAGCCCCAGUGAGAGGAGUAUCAGCCCCAGCCUACAGAGCGGCAAUGGAAGCUCCAGUGAUGAUGAUGGCAGUUGGGACACUAAUAGCUGGAGCUCAGGGGCCACCUGCCUGCUACGGACUCCUGUUAAGCAAGAUAGCAAUGAGGCAUCAGGUGAAAAGCCUUUCACGACUGACCAAGCAUCUGCUACUUCCAUGGAUGAGCCUGAAAUCAUUUACCAAAAUCUCAUCUUCUCACAUCCUGCUGCUAAAACUGAAAGUAAAGGAGAUUGUGCCCCCGAAAGUUCUUCCACAGUGCUAAGGAAAGACGUGGGAACCCAAAGUGUGUCCUCAUCUUGCCUUAGCAAGAAUUCUGCUUCCGUCUCAUCCCAUCAGCAGGAUAAGAUGACCGACAACAGGCGCAAGUUCUCGCAGUUUCUGAAUGAGGUGACCUGCAGGGUGUUGAAAUCUAAGGGCAGUCCUCCUCAACAACAGUCUACCCUUCGACAUUGCUACCCAUCUCCUCCACCACCGCUGCCAUCAACCCCCUCUCACCGCAUUCACCCGCUCACACUGCAUUCAACACCAGCAAGCCUGCCACCACCAUCUACAUCAGCUACAAACUUGUGGUACACCCAAGCCAGCUCAAACCUCCAGACCAUCAAGGAGUAUGAUUCAAAGGGCAUUACCAGCCCCAUCCACCAGUGGAGCAAGACAUUACCCAGCUGUAAGAUCUUGGAGCCUGGGGAUGUGUUGAGGAAAGUGAAAGGGGAAAGUCACCCAUACCGAGAGCACAACCUGGAGUUAUGCACAAAGAUCCAAGCGCAGCCCUCCACUGGGAGACUUUAUCUGGAGACAGACAUUGACAGUGUGAGGCGACUUGAUGAACUGGUAGCUAAUGAUACCCUGGGGAAAGAGAUAAAUGAGAAAACGCCAGAGAAGGUUAUGAAGAGAGAAAAGGAGAGGGAAAACAGCUCCUUCCACGACCACAAGGAUGACCUCCGUAAGCGCCUGUCGUACACCACCCACAAACUAGAGAUGGUGGAGACGGAGUUUGAUUCCACUCGGCAGUACCUCGAGACAGAGCUGCGCCGGGCCCAGGAGGAAUUGGAGAAAUUUACAGAGAAACUACGCAGGAUUCAGAGUAGCUAUGCAGCUCUUCAGAGGAUCAACCAGGAUUUGGAGGACAAGAUGCACAGGAUGUCCCAGCACCAUGAUGACGAAAAGAGAGCCCUCAGCCGGGAAAUCAUCCUCCUCAACAACCACCUCAUGGAGGCGAAGAUCACCAUCAAUAAACUCAGAGAGGACAAUGACCUGUACAGGAAAGACUGCAACCUGGCAGCCCAGCUGCUGCAAUGCUCCAAGUCUCACUACAGAGCACACAAGAUGUCUGAGCUGCCACUGGACUUGCAGGAACGCAUCAGUUCUCACAUGGAUAAACAUAAUCGGGGUAGCGGCGCCUCCAUAGCAAGGUGCCACUCCAAUUACUCUGACGCCGUGCCCACAUCCAUAAUUGGCAAGGUCCUGGAAAAGCCCGAACCAGGAAGCAGUUGCCCUGUAACACGCUCACCCAGCCCGCAGCCGCAGGAUGGAGACUUUCUUACAGCAACAGGUAGCACUGAUCACCUGAACCGCCGCAUUUCAUAUAAAACAUCUGACCUGUACUGUAGCGAUACAGCUCUCUACUGCCCUGAGCGGUGGCAAGAUACAGAGCGUAGGCAGAGUGUCGACCUCCACGGCACUGGUCUGCUCCAGCUUCACGCCCAGAACUCCAUUGACAGCAACCCAGAUGAAGAGACCUACCACUCUGAAAGUUUCUCUAACCAUGAGCCUCCAUCCUCAUUCCACCACCACGAUGACUUUGGCACUGGUAGCCUCCCUGUCUCCAGUUCCUACUCUAGCUUCAGUCUUGCAUCAGACGAGAAGGGAGGAGUUAGUGGUGGUGGUUGUGGGCGCACUGCCAGUAGCACCUUAUCCUCUUCACACCAGGGUCUCUAUAUGGAUUGGCGAGAUGGUGGCAGUGGGGACUAUGAGCGCAAAAGCAUGUCCUCUUAUGAUAAAGACAGCCCAAGUUUCCCCAAGUCCCUCAGCAUCCAGCACAUGGUGAUCCCCAGGAGCCCGCAGAAGGGCACCUCACCAGGGUACACAAGGACGGCUUCAUGUUUCAGUGAACCAUACCAUUCCAGCACCCCUCGCCUGGCCUCCUCUCACAGCAUGGGGUCCACAACUGGACUGGGCCAGGCUCGUCGAGGAGCUCUGGACAGCCGAGGUGACGUCCAGGUCCCUGAGGACGACCUAAGCAGCCGCUGGAGACAGCUCAGCGUGGAAGACAUCAACACGUUCGCAUCCUACCCUAAUAUCCCAGGGCGUGUCUCUCCAUACAGUUUCUCUGAGCGCCAUUUUGACAUGGGACCCUCCAGCAAGGUCAAGGGGUCUCUCUACAGCAGCUUUCAAGAAGGAGAUGACGUCUUCCACAGCCGCGUGCUGGACCAGUGUUUUUCUGUGGGUCCCCCUUCGCCCAGCCGCAGUCAGAAACCCAUGGAGCAUCGUAAGCAGGAGAAAACGUCUGUGCUGUAUAGAGCCAAGGAGGACAGUCAGGACUCCGAGUGCAGUUUGUUCCUCUCAGGGAGUUCUAAAGAGAAGGAGAGCGGUGGGGGAGCAACAGCGGCAAGUAGUGCCAAGGACUACGUAAAUCUGAGUGCAGACAGCUCAGCUGAGUCCUUACACCAAAGCUCCCUCGAAGCCUCAAGUCUUCAACACUACCCCAGCCCCAGGCCGAGCGUCCGGCCUCGCCCGAGCUCCAGCUCCGCUCUCAGUGUCGGUCCCGCACUCCCAAAGAAGACCUCUCCAAGAUACCAAAAAUUUGGCAGCACAGGACUGACAAGGAAGGACAGUUUGACCAAGGCACAGCUAUAUGGUACGCUGCUGAACUGAGCGGAGACAGAGAGCUUUUCAUUUUAUGCAUGAUGAUGAUGACGAUUCCUAACUUAACUGUACUGUACUGUCUCAAAAAUCCCCAGCAGCAAACACAUACUUGGUGUGAUGGGAUAUUAAGAUGUUGUUGUUUUAUGUAUCUCUUAGCCAAGGCACGUUUCAUGCAGUUUGCAACACGUUUUCUAUUGUAUGUCACAAUACGGUGUAGCUACCUAAAACCAGCUAUUCAGUAUGUUUUUGUUUCAGUGACAAUGAUGAUAAUUAAAGCCACCAGGAAUUUCUCUAAAAAAUACAACACAGACCCGGCUACAUGAACAUACUGAGCUAUUUGGUUUUUUUGGUGUUAAGUACUGUUAGUAAAACCAGCAAAAGACCAUUAAUUCCUGCUCUAAUAAUAAUAUAAUGGACUAAAGCGUGUUCAAUGGGGUGGCUUAAUUAAAGAUGUUUUUUGGAGAAGGAAGGUUGUCUUUAUGUUUAGUGGACCCUGGUGACUGCAAGCUGUUUAAAAGAUAUAUUUAUUCUCUAUUUUGUCUUAAACAAAAUACAUGAUGUAUAAUGCAUAUACAGUAAAUACGAUGGAAAAACUCAUUUCCAGCUAAAUUGUUUUUCAUGGGCACAUUAUCUGUAAACGCUACUUACUAACCACUUCAAAAUUGGCUAAACAAGAGAUAUUAAACAAGAGAUAUAUUAUAAAAAAAGUAUUUUACGUAAAUGCUAUGUUACAUUUAGAGCAAGAGACUCCUGAUAAUUACAAUACGUUGA